UUUUUCCUGAUAUGAAUGGUGGAUUUUUAUUUUUUAUUUUUUAUUUUUAGUUGAUGGAUUUGGAUUUUUCAUUUAUAGAGUUGAGACUGGGUAUCAUUUCAUCUGAAAACUACGACGUUUAGGGUUCUUAAUGCUCCUUGUUACUGGAUCUUUUUAAUUUUAUGUAUAUGAAUUUUACUCUGCUUAAGAACAGCUCUCUUGAUAUUUGACCCCAAAAACAAACAGCUCUCUUGAUAUUUCUUUUUCUUAAUUAUAGCUUUUUUUUGUAUCAAUUGUUUUUUCUCAUUUAGUGUAACUAUUUGAAUGUGCAAGACAUGGAUAACAUACAAGAUAUCGCACAAGGGAUGCAGGAAUUUAAAAUUGAAGCGAUCUCAUGCACUUUUCCCCAGGAAAUCAUACAAGAGAUCCUACUUAGGCUAACCGUCAAAUCUGUUAUCAAAUGCAUCUCAGUGUGCAAGACAUGGAGGUCCAUGAUCAUAAACCAAAGCUUUAUUCGCACCCACCUCAACCCAACAGUUCAUGUUAAUAACCUGAACGCCAGUCACCUAUUCCUAAUCCACAGGGUUGCUGGUAAGAGGAGCGUCACUAUGUUCCACAAAGCCCUUGUUGAAGAUGUACUGGAAGAGGUUUAUUCUCUGCAUUAUGAUAACAAGGCUUUUGACGAGUACUCCAAGAUAGAAUUUCCAAUUGCUCCAAAGCAAGAACUGUACAAUCGACAUCUUCGUGUGGUCGGCACUUGUAACGGGCUAAUCUGCUUUGCGGAUGAUAUCUUCCGUUAUGGUUACGAUAUCUUUAUAUGGAACCCAGCCAUUAGAAAGUUAGUGACCCUUCCCUGGCCUGGUGUUACCUAUAUGACACAUGGUGGAUACGAUGCUUCUAUUGGGUUUGGUUUUGAUGCUAAUACCAAUGACUAUAAGGUUGUGAGACUUGUUACUUAUGUCAUACUCUUUCAUCACCCAUAGAUCAAGAAAACG